AUGCAUAACCCCAUACGCAUGAUCCUAAGCGCGUCUGCGGGUAAAUUGGUUUUCAUCUCGAUGCCUACACCCGUGAGAAAAGUACGACGACGAGACCCUGUUCGGGCAUUGACGCCUUCGACAGAUGGACCUAAUUUUGAGCCUGUAAAGGAAGUUGUUGACUCGACAUCGCCGGCAACUCCACGCAAACGAAAAGCCAGUGAAAUGGAGCUGUUCACUCCUCCAAGCACACCUAGCGCGUUUUUAGUAGGCAAGGCGCUGUUUCAGCGAGGAUCUCAAACACGCCAGGUUAUUGGGCGUUCUAGUGAGCGAGAAAAGAUUAGUGCUUUUCUCGCACCCCGUCUGAAAAAUCAUACUGGCGGUGCUUUGUACCUGUCGGGACUGCCAGGGACAGGAAAGACCGCUUUAGUCACAGAAAUCCUAGCUGAGCUGGAUGCCGAGUGUGCAUCGAUUAAUUGCAUGGUGCUAGACAAGCCAGAUCAAGUAUUUGGGCUGAUUGGCAAGGAGUUUGGGCUUUUUGAGCGGAGAAGUAACCCGAGCAAGGAGCGAGCCAUUACCGAACUCAACCACCUGUUUUUUGGUAAAAACAACAAAAACUAUGUUCUUGUUCUCGACGAACUUGACCACUUAAUGACCACAGACCAAGAGGUUCUGUUUAAAUUAUUCGAAUGGGCGUGCCAGGUCGGGUCCUCGUUUAUUGUGGUUGGUAUUGCAAAUGCCAUUGACCUGACUGACAGGUUUCUACCCCGUUUGCAAGCUCACAAACUGACCCCUCAGGUCGUUCCCUUUGCACCUUAUUCUGCCGACGAUAUCCAAGAGAUCAUCAAGUCGCGGUUGCAGACGCUACGCCCCGGUGACGCAGAUAUACCGCUAAUGCAUCCGGCGGCAAUCCGGAUCUGCGCCGCCAAAACGGCCGCAAACUCUGGUGAUUUGCGACGUGCUUUCGAUAUUUGUCGGAGAUGCAUCGAGCUUGUAGAGGAAGAAGAGUUGAAACGCGGGGGGUCGUUCUCUGAGUUUGACGUACACCUGGCCCCCAAAGUCACCGUCCAGCAUGUUGCCAAAGUGUGCGUGGAGGGGUUUGGCGGAGUGCGGCCUGCAGAACGCGCGAAAGAUUUGAAUCUACAGCAAAAAGCAGUGCUACUGGUGGUGGUUAUGUCUGAGCGACGUAUCGCUGGUCAACAGGCGAAUUUGACCGUCAACCAGGUGUACGCGAACUAUAGUGCGGAAUGCGAGCACAACAAAACAUUCGCGUCCUUGCAAUUCCCCGAGUUUCUCCAGGUCCUAGCCGCCCUCGAAGCAAGCGGGCUCGCCACGGUCACUGGGAUGUGCCACAAAAAAGGGUUAGGGACUACGGAGCGAGUGCGCAAAUCGCGAGGAGGUGGAGGUGCGUCAAACGCAAGAGGAACUGAGGGGUACAGAGAAGAGUACGGGCUGCGACGCAUUUCGUCCCGUGUGCCAUUAAUGGAUAUUGUCACAGCAUUGAGCGACUCCGAUCCUCUUAGGCGACUCAUUGAUGAAUAUCUCUAG